AUGGUCUCUAUGAAACACAUUCCUCUCGUCUCGGCCAUCGUUCUUAGCCUCACAAGUCAUGUCACCGCUGAUUUCAUCGAGGACAGCGGCCUUGACACACGAGGCGAGGACUUCCUCAACGAUGGUCUUCUUUUAGAAGCUCGUGACGACAUUGAUGAGAGAGACAUCAUGGAGGAACUGGAGGUCGUGGAGGCCAAAGCCGAAGGUCUCUUAAUGUCCGAGCCAAACCUCGUCCUAAUGUUCCUCGCCCCCCACCAAACCGACCCACCGGCGUUGGUUACACAACUGGAGGUCGUGGAGGCCAAAGCAGAAGGUCUCUUGAUAAGAGAGCCAAGCCUCGUCCUAAUAUUCCUCGCCCUCCACCAAACCGGCCUACUGGUGUUGGUUAUACAACUGGAGGCCGUGGAGGCCAAAGCCGAAGGUCUCUGA